UAGCGUAUUUUGAUUAACACUUAUCGAUCCAAACGGGAUUAGAUCGUAUUCUGAUAAAACCCUUUAGUGCAAUUAACAAUUUUAAAGUUCAUUAUACACCGAUCUAAUUUUGACAUAAAUAUAACGUGUUUAGGUAUUUUGGAACUGUUGAUAAGGUGCAUUUCUUGAUGUAGGAAUGCGGUUCCAGAAUUAUCACAUAGAAGGAAAUGCUGCUUCCAUAUUUCUGUUUGUAAAGAUGCAUUCUAAAUUUAAAGUUGCUGAUCAAAUAUAAGUUAGUGGCUGUCAUAUUUCUACCACCUAACGGUUAAGUCUAGUUGUUUAUCAACCACUCUAAUAUGUACAUUCGUUUAAACCCCACAAAAUGGAUGAACUAUACAAUACAUGCCGUGCUUGUGCAAAAGAUUUAAACUCACACAAAUAUUUAAAUGCAAUGAAUAAAGUUAACAUAUUCGAAGCACCGGAUAUCGCAAAGAAACUUGCCAGCUGUAUCUCAGUAGAGCUAUCUCUUGCAGACGAAUAUCCAAAAUUUUUAUGCGAAUGUUGUUAUCAGAAAGUUAACGAUUUCCAUCAGUUUCGAGAAAUGUGCAGGGAAUCAAUCCAACAUUUUGAAGAGCUGAUAUUGGCUAAGAAAUCAUUGUUUUCAGAGGACGAAGUCCCUAUUUCAAUAUUGGAAGAUCAGUCGAGAAGCCUUACUCGAGUGAACGAACUAAAUCAUCUUGAAGAUAGUUCUGUUAAAUAUCAAGAUGAUUUGGAAAAGCAAACAGAAGUAGAUGAUUAUAAUAAGAAAUAUGAAAUAGAAAAUGCAGAAUACUGUGAACAAGUAAUGUCAACGCCGAACGUGCAUGGUCAUGAUGAAAACAACUGCGAUUCUGAUGUUGUGGAUAACCUCAGCAACAAUUCUUUUCUUAAUGAAACCUGUAAAAGUUACGAAAAUGUUGCUACAGUUAAAUUAAAUAAUAUUAGAAGGGUAAAAUCAGAAAAAACGAGUCUAAAAAAAUUGUCUGAUUGCGAAACGAAAAUAAUUUACCGUUGUGAUAUCUGCCCGUCACGAUUUUUUGUUGAGCAUCGUCUCAUUGCGCACAAACGCGAACAUGAAGGCCUUAUGCCGUAUCCUUGUACGCAAGAGAGAUGCACCAAAGCAUUUAAUCGUAGAAGCGCAUUGGCAAGGCAUCUUAGACAGCAUGAGGGAUAUAGUUUUCAGUACGCUUGCGAUCAAGGCGGUUGUGACAAAGUGUAUAAGCACAAGCCAACAUUAGUGAUGCAUCAGCGCAAAUAUCAUAAAUUGGGGCCGGAGUUAAAAACGCACAUUUGUGAGAUUUGUGGCAAAGUAUUUAAAACGACCACAAUGCUAAACGAUCAUCAUUACACGCACAAGGACAAAUCGGAACGUCCCUAUGCGUGCGACCAGCCAAAAUGCAUGCGUCGAUUCUCAAAUAAGGAUAAGCUGAAGGUGCAUCUAAUGCGACAUGCUGGAAUUAAGAACUAUGUGUGUCCACAUUGCGGCAUGCGCAAAACCACAAUGAACGAGUUGAAGGUGCAUAUUAAUUAUCAUACGCUGGAACGUACAUGGCCAUGUCGGUUUUGCACACACAUUUGUAAUAGCUCAGGCAAUUUAAAAACACAUGUACGCACUGUGCAUGAGCGUGCCAAAGAUUAUGCAUGCCGCUAUUGUGAGCGCACUUUUGCUAAGCCAGACACGCGCAAGUACCAUGAAAUGACCCACACGGGCGAGAAACCGAACGAAUGCCCGGAAUGUGGUAAACGCUUUUUACAACCUGCAGCAUUGCGCACGCAUCGUAAGAUUCAUCAGCGACAAGGUGUGCAUAGUUCAAAAGCGAAAAAAUGUGAAAAGAAGACACCUGCGCAAGAAACUGUACUCAAAAAUGCGGAAAAUACGGAAUACUAAGGAAAGUAAUGUGAAAAAAUGAUGACUUGAUCGGCACGAUCAUUUAACCUUGCGAAUCUAACGAAAUUCGUGGGAAAUUAAAUAUACAACAUCCAAGCACAUUUUUUUAUUAAAAGUUCAUUCUUUAUUUUCUUAAAAAAUAUUAAACUAUACUACGUCCACAUAUAUAG